UGACCUAGCAUCCUGCGUGUUUCUUCUAGAGUCUGCUGGACGACGCUCCGAUGGAUGACAGUGAUUGCAGCUGGAUUAGAGAGCAUGCUAAUUCGGUGCGACUCUCAGACUGUGAUCAGCAAUUUCAGAGUCUCCUAGCGGAUGCUGAAGAGUGUCAACAACAUUGCUGUGGGUCUGGAGACACAUGUAGGCCAGACCAGGAUGAGAACGGAACCCUGCCCUUGGAGAUGGAUGAGACAGAGAUGGUGCGGAAGGAGCUGCGACAGACCACCAUGGAUAUUAUCACACAGCUGGAAGAGCUGGAGACACAGCUGGAGAUAGAAAAAGCUUGCCAUGAGAAUGCAGAAGUAUUCGCUGUUAAGCUGACCAAGGAGAACCAGAAACUGCAGCAUCUGAGCCUUGCUCUGCAGCCGGUCUGGGACCAUCUACCCACAGACAUCACACAGCUAGGCCUCAACUACGAAGAAACAUGUGACCCCAUCACUGAGCCCAGCUCACAGGAACUGCUGCAGCUCCAAGAAUUUCAGGAAACAAUAUCUCACCUCAUGGAGGAAAAGAAACAACUGGCCAACAAGGUACAGCAGCUGGAGAGCCAACUGGUGGCAUUAACACAACAAGUGAGGAAGGAGCAGUCUGAGAAGAUGGGUCUGCAGGAAGCUCUGGAGAAACAGAACAAGAGUUUACAACGGUUCAGUGAAGUCUCCUCGUUGGUGACCCGCGAAUACGAGGACCUCAGGCAACAUCUGCAGCUGGAGCAGGACCUUCGAAAGCAGGCAGAGAGCUACGCCCAUCAGAUGCGGGUGAAGAAGCAGGAAGCCACUCGGCAAAGUAUAAUCCUGCUGGAAAACACAAGUCCAAGCAUGCCACUUCUCAAAGCCCUGGAAGAGGUGGCCAACGUUACAAAGGCCUUGGAGGAAGAAAAGUUCAAACACCAGCAGCAGGUCAAUGAGCUGCAGAAACAGAUUGAAGAAUCGAAUUCCAAGCAGGAAACUGAGCGGCUUCAGAUGCUGCUGUGCUUAGCGGAGGAUGAGAAAGAGGAGAUGGCAACGAAACUCAAGGAGGCCGAGAGAAGGAGCACGGAACUGGAGUCACAAGUGAAGGAUCUUCAGGAGAAGCUUACAUCAGCAGAGGGAUCAGUGAUGGAGGAAGCGAUGAGACAUCCUGUGCCUCCACCUCCACCCCCACCCCCACCUCUACCACCGCCUCUUCCACGUGAAUCUCCAGCUAACCCAUUGGCCGAGUUACUGAAGAGAAGGCAAAAGAAUCCGACAGGGGAUGGGCCGAACACACAAGACUCAGUCAGCCUCAAUGAUCUCAAGGUGAAAGCUGUGAAUGAGAUGAUGGAGAGGAUCAAAACUGGUGUCAUCCUGAAACCCACCAAAAGGAAGAUGGAGCUGCUGGAUCCAAAACCUUCAGCCGGUGGGAACGAAGGGAGUGCAGUACACGAGCUGAAAGGCAUGCUGGAUUCAAUGACAAACAGAAAGAUCCGGCAAUCCAGUUGGAAAAGUGAGAAGAAACAGAGUGAGCUGGAAACCAUCUUACUGAGGCGGAGAAGGGUAACCGACACGAAAACAAUUUCGGGAGAAGAAGACACGGAAAAUCCAGCAGCACCUCCUGCAGGCCAAUGUGAAUCAAAGAACCCCGCGCUAACCUCAGCCUCCAGCAGGAUCUCACUGAAGGGCUUGAAGAGAGCCAUGUGUGUUCAACAGAGCCGACGGACCUCAGAGAUCACAGCCCUGAACAGGAGGAGCUCAGAGCAGCCGGAGAAACCAGCAAAACCAUGAGGGGCUGGGAUACCAACACAGUCUGUCAUUCCAAUCAGGCGGCUUUCCAAAUAUUCUCUCUCUCUCUUGUCUAAUGCAGAAUAAAGCAGCUAUCACCGGAA